AUGUCUUCCAACAACUCUACGAAUUUAUCAAGCGAGAAACUACUCGACACGCUUUUACCUGGCUUUGGUCUCUUAUCACGCCUUAUCUUAUUUUAUCUUCAAAUUGAUCUCUCCGCCUAUUCACUCUGGAUUUUCAUAAUAGCGAUUUCUUGGACGUUUAUCACCUUUGUGCUGCCAAAACUGUUUCAGCAAUUACAAAAUGGGGCUAUGCAUUAUGCUCCCUCAGUGACAGUCAUGUACCAGGAUCCACUAUAUGAUGUGCUCAUCGCAUUUAUAGCCGGGCAUGCUGAAUUGAACCAAACGACACACUCUAUUGCUGGGACAAAGGCGAGCUAUAAUUCACCAUUUCGCAGGUUGGAAGUUGAGGAGGACGAAAAACAGGAAGAAACGGCCCAAUCGGGGAAGGACAUUCGACCGGACUUCAGCCCAGACGAUCAGGAAUUCUGGCGGAGCCUUCGAGACUGGAACACAAGAAACCCCAUCCUGCUUACGCCAAAAAAAGAUGAUACAUGUUUUUUUUGGCACCGUGGUCGUAUGUUUGCCCUCCGUCGAAAAUCAUUCGCAAAUGACAAAAGCGAUUCCUUUUACGCCUUCAUGGAGAACAUCACAAUUUAUACUGCUCCAUGGAAUCGGCACUUACUAAGAGCACUCCUCGAAGAGAUACAAAGAGAAGGUCUCCAAAAUAAGAGCAACGAGAUAAAUGUCUUCCGAGGUAUGAGACAGCCAGGGGGGGGACAAAAAUGGAAGCCCAUGAAAUCCAACGUCUACCGACCAUUGGCCAGCGUGGCACUUGAUUCCGAGCAGAAAAAAGCUGUUGAAGAUGCCAAGAGAUUCCUCCAUCCAACUACACGCCAAUGGUACGAAGCUCAAUACAUGCCUUACCGCCGCGGUUACCUGUUCUAUGGCCCUCCAGGCACAGGUAAAACAAGCCUGUGUCUUGCAAUGGCUACUUUUUUCUGGCUGGACAUAUAUAUUCUCAGCCUGAGUUCUCUCGAUGAAGACAAGUUAGCGCUGCUUCUCCAGGAGCUCCCAGAACGAUGUAUUCUCCUAAUUGAGGAUGUUGAUGUGGCCGGUUUACGGAAUCGCCCCAUCGAUGUGUAUGCCACUGGUGUUGAAAUGAGCGAAGAACAGCUCUUGUCAGAUCAUGAUAAUGAGUCUCCUUCGAGUCAGGGGUCGAUUUCUCUCUCAGCUUUCCUCAACUGUAUAGACGGCGUGGGUGCUCCAUCAGGCCGUGUUCUUAUCAUGACUACCAACCACAGAGACAAGCUUGAUCACGCCUUAACUCGCAAAGCCCGCGUGGACGUUGAAGUCAAGUUUGAAUUUGCUAGUAGCCCGGUUGUCCAAGAGCUGUUUAAUACCUUCUAUACCCCAAAAGAUCCUUUGGUUAAUGGGGAUCGAAAUCAGAGCGCCAAAAACAGUCCUGACAACACUCUUAUACAUUCGCUAUCUACUGAGUUUGCGGGACACAUUCCCAGUGGGAGGGUCACCCCUGCUACGAUUCGAGACUAUCUUAUUCGUCAUCGAGAAGAUCCUGAAUCGGCCGUCGCAGAAGCGAGUGAAUGGAUCAAGCUAGAACUGGCUCAUGAUUAG